CGGCGGGCGGCGGCGGGGCCGAGGGUCGCUCGCGCGGGGGCCGGGAGCCCCCCGGGGCCGCGCCGCGCGCCGCCGGCCCCAGCCUCGCCCCGCCGCCUGUCCCCGCAGGGUCCCUGCUCCUCUGGCACGGGCUGUCCAAGGCGACCCUCCACAUGGGCCGGCUCCGGAACGCCAAGAUGCUGGUGGAGACCGCAGUCAAGCAGAAGAAGAUCUUCAUGAUCCAAGGCCGCUACCCCGUCAUCCGCUUCCUGCUGCGCAGGAGGGGCUGGGUGGAGAAGAAGAUGCCCAACUUUGGGGGCGUCGCGCAGACCUCCAAGGAGGCGAGCAGCUCUCUGAUGGGGGACAGUUAUGACGUGGAGGAUGACGAGGACGAUGUGGACAUGGAGUUCCAGUCCUCGCUGUUCAACUUCGAGGGGCUCCUGCAGAUGGACGAGCUCGACGGGGUGCACGCGCUCAUGUCACGCAUGGUGCGGAACGAGGUCCCCUACUUCAUCUGGACCACCAGGAGGGACGUGCUGGACUGCCGCUUCCUGUCCAAGGACCAGAUGAUCAACCACUAUGCCCGGGCAGGCUCCUUCACCACCAAGGUGGGUCUGUGUCUUAACCUCCGGAACUUGCCGUGGUUUGACGAGGCCGACGCUGACUCCUUCUUCCCACGCUGCUACCGUCUGGGGGCCGAGGAUGACAAAAAGGCCUUCAUAGAGGACUUCUUCCUGACGGCUGCCCGCAGCGUCCUCAAGCUGGUGGUGAAGAAGGUGUGGCGGCCGCGUUCCCCAGGGCCGGAGGGCGGUGCUGCAGGGAACCUGCACGCCAGGAAGGUGGAGAAGAAGCCGCUGGUGGUGUCACCCGACUUUGUGGAGGAGGCGCUGCGGGCGUGUGAGGAGUUCCUGGGCAGCCGGGCCCACUCGGACAUCGACAGGGAGCCGGACGUGCCCCUGCAGCCCAGCCCCGACGGCCGCUCCUGCUUCCUCCAGCGCUACUACCAGCUGGUCCACGAGGGGGCCGAGCUGAGGCCGCUGGACACGCAGGCGCUGCGCUGUGAGGACAUGCUGCAGAAGCUGCGGGCCGUGGUCCCGCAGAUCGACAUGGAGGGGGACCGCAACAUCUGGAUCGUCAAGCCGGGAGCCAAGUCCCGCGGCCGAGGCAUCCUCUGCAUGGACCGGCUGGAGGAGAUGCUGAAGCUGGUGGCCUGCCACCCGCUGCUGAUGAAGGACGGCAAGUGGGUGGUGCAGAAGUACGUGGAGCGGCCGCUGCUCAUCUUCAACACCAAGUUCGACCUGAGACAGUGGUUCCUGGUCACCGACUGGAACCCGCUGACCGUGUGGUUCUACCGGGACAGCUACAUCCGCUUCUCCACGCAGCCCUUUUCCCUGAAGAACCUGGACAACUCCGUGCACCUCUGCAACAACUCCAUCCAGAAGCACCUGGAGAACUCGCGCCGCCGAGACCCGCAGCUGCCGGCGGACAACAUGUGGUCGAGCCAGAGGUUCCAGGCGCACCUGCAGGAGACGGGCUCCCCGAGGGCCUGGGCCAGCAUCAUGGUGCCCGGCAUGAAGGCCGCCGUGAUCCACGCGCUGCUCACCUCCCAGGACACGGUGCAGGGCCGCAAGGCCAGCUUCGAGCUCUACGGGGCCGACUUCGUGUUCGGCGAGAACUUCCAGCCGUGGCUCAUCGAGAUCAAUGCCAGCCCCACCAUGGCGCCCUCCACGCCCGUCACCGCCCGCCUCUGCGCCGGGGUGCAGGCCGACACCCUCCGCGUGGUCAUCGACCGCCGGCUGGACCGCAACUGCGACACGGGCGCCUUCGAGCUCAUCUACAAGCAGCCCGCGGUGGAGGUGCCGCCCUACGUGGGGAUCCGGCUGCUGGUCCAAGGCUCCACCAUCAAGAAGCCCCUGGCCGUGUGCCCGCGGCGGCUGGAGGCGCACUCGGCCUUCCCGCACCUGCCGCCCCCGCCGGGCUCCGGGGAAGGCAGGAGCUGGGGGUGUCCCCCCCACAGGGCCGCGGUGCGGCCCGCAGCAGCGGGCGCCUGGAGCGCGGGGGGCGCGGAGGCGCCGGACCUCGCCGCGGGGCAGCCGGAGCAGGAGCAGGAGCAGGACAAGGCCAGGAGCGCCAGGGCCCCGGGCCGGCCCGGCCUGGAGGCGGGGGCCCCCGGCCACGUCCCCAGCCUCUACACUGAGGGCCGGCUGCCGCCCUCCCGCGUGCUCCGACCCCCAGGCCGGGUCCUCCGGCUCCAGCACGGCGGGCUGAUGGGCAGCACGGCGCUGUCCGCCACGGGCAGGGCCCUGAUGUCACUGCCCACCGCCAGAGUCUGGAUUUCCUUCUCGCCUCACCCCAGCAUCCUCCUGGCACCGAGUUUCCUGGACCCCGAAAAGGUGGGCCUGCGCCUGGGACUCACACCGCGGCGGGGGUGAGGCGAGGAGCCAGGGUCGGGGCAGGAGGACCCCCUCAGCACACAGUCCUCCCUCACCCCACCCGCCGCGCCCCCUCCCAGGAGGCUCUCGCCCCCCACCACCUGCCAGGCCUCUGUCCUCAGAGGGGUCUGUGGCAUCUCCCCUUUGAAACUGCGACUCUCCCCAGCAGCCGAAGGAGCAAGAUCAAAGGCAAACCCCAGCCCAGGGCCCGGGGCGGCAGGGCCAGGAAAGGCCUCACAGGACCCCUGAGCGCCCACGGCCUCCGGCCCCCUGGGGGGACACGGCCAGGCCGAGGAGCGCGUGGGCAGUGCGGCUGAAGAGCCCCCGUCUCCGGCUUCAUCCCGUCCUGGACGCGGCUAAAUAAAGGGGAGCGAUCGAG